CGCCCUCCCGUGCGCCUUCCUCACGCUCCACGCCAAGCUCUGCCCUCCUGGUUUCGCCGUCUCCUUCACGCUGUGCAGCCACACCUGGGCGAGCGGUGCUGAACUCAGCAGAGUUUUAGGUUCCCCGGCCAAUGAUAGAUGGGAACAGGCGGGAUAUAAUGUAAGAGAGAAGAGAACGUGAAAUCCUUGACCUCAUUUUCGUUAGAGCACAAACUCCGAAGUUUUGAGAGGCUCCACUUUGCCUCCUGUACAGACGCACCCUGCUGUUUCCUUUAUCAUCUUCACCCUGUGAGAACAGAAGUAACAACUUUUUCCUUUCAAACGCAAUUUGGGAUUUCGUUUCAUUAUUAAUUAUUAAUCUGUUGUUUAGAUUUAGUUGCCCACCGAAAUCUGUGUACUGUUAAAUUACCACAGUGCAGAAAUCAGUGCAGAAAGAGCACUUUUUUCAGGAAGCCUCUAACUCCACAUCUCACCAAGUCCCUCCGCUGGAUUCACCCAAAGAGCUUUUGCUCAAUGCAGAAAAUGUUAAAUCCUGUUGAAAACCUCCUCCAUCCCUCCUUGCUUUUCCCCCUAACUUCUUUGCACCUCUGUUCCCAUUUCUGAAACCUCUACAUGGGAGCCUCUACAAGCCUUUUAACCUCUGGCCACCCAUUUCUUUUUCAUUGUUUUCAGGACACUGUGCCAUCUCCUUGUCUUACUUCAGCUUUAAAAACAUAAUCAUAUGUUUGCCCUGAAUAUCAACCAGCUCACAGUGUAAUGACUCAAAGUACCUUUCUGUUCAUCCUCCUCUCCUUUCUAUGGGAAACACAAAUUGAUCAAAUCUCUGAUCAAAUGUCUGUAAAUCUGAUUUUUCUCUUACUUGGCCUGACUCCUAUUUCAUCAUCUGAAAACCAGUUAAUUCACCCCAGAUUGGUGGCUAUUACACUAAACUAUCAUGCUGCCUGAUCUGAGGCAAAAAAGCGCAAUGCAUCUUAUGGUCAGAAACUCAGCAGUAUUUAGCUGACACAACAACCCUGCCAUAUUCCUCCAGCAGACAGGCUCAGUUACCGCUGUCCCGAUGUCCAAAUAAUGCAAAGCUCACAGCUGACCUUACGUAUGUGCCCAUUUAAAGACUGUGCCCCCACCAUGCAUCCUGUGAAGUGAGUGAAAGGCAGGGCACACCGAAAGACCCAGCUGGAAGGGAUGAAACCCUGACCCUGCUGAAUUCACUGGGCAAUUUUGGGGUCGACGUUACUAGAGAUCAAUAAAAGAGUAAGAGCAUUAGCGAACAACUUUGAAAAGCAGCAAGGAUGCCAGCCAGCCUGCAGGUGCUUUCCCAAACCCUAGCUCCCCUCGCAGCGGGGUUGUUCUGAGAGCCCUUUGCUUUUCCAUCCCCGGGGAGCUGCUGGGGACACUUCUCAGUCCUGCUCCUCUGUGCGCAGGGUGAGCUCAGGUUCGGUGUGCGUCUCCAGACACACCAGAGCCUUUGGUUUAAAGCAGAUAGAAAAGGCAGUUAAAAAAUGACACCUGCAUCUUCUCUGCUCUGCCUUGUCAUAUACCUUUUACAUAUAAAUAUAUAUAUACUUUUAUCUUACAUUCUCUGAAGAUGAGUUAGCACCAUCAGAGAUCACCUAAGGAUCAUUCUUGGCAGAAAACAGAAAAACGUGGAUCUUCAUUUCCCCAGCUGCGCAACACGGCAAACAGUGAUUUUCCCCCACCCACUCCCAGUGCAACCUCUUAUAUCCCAACAGAUGGCUACAAUUUGUAGUGGGAGAAUUAUAUCGUUUGCAGGUUAAUUGGGGAAAAAAAACCCCAAACAACAAAACCUGGAGAGAAACAAGUUCUCCUUCACUUUAUCUGUCCCGAUAACAGCUAUCACACCAAGCCUAUUGCAGGCCCUAAGGGCACUCUACAAUAUGCGUAACUGCCAACGUACCAAGGCAGUCAAGAGAAAAGAGAAGGACAUUUGAUAGGAACUAACCUCUCCUUGCCAGCCCCAACACCAGCAUUAUCAACACCCUUUAUAAAGAAUCGUAUCUGCUGCGGGCUGAUAAUGGUGAGCAGGGGCUUUCAUUGGUAUAGAAAGCAGAUCUUGGUGACCUUCAGCGGAGAGGAAGGUAUAAAAACCAAAGUAUUUUUCUUGGGUGGCUGUUUGGGCACCAGUUGAAUUUCUUAGUUUCCCAGGAGGACACGUUUUGGGAAAAUUUUGUGAGAAAAUGGCAACUUUAAAUGAAAAAAAGACGUGCAGCGAACGGAUGGAAAAUUUCCGUCGUUUUGUCUGGAAUCCAGAAACAAGGCUCUUCAUGGGAAGGACCUUGAUUAACUGGGUGUGGAUCAGCCUGUACUACCUGGCUUUCUACGUGGUGAUGUCAGGGCUGUUCGCACUCUCCAUCUAUUCUUUAAUGAGGACGGUGAAUCCAUACGAGCCAGAUUACCAAGACCAGCUGAAAUCCCCAGGUGUAACAUUACGACCUGACGUUUAUGGGGAUAGAGGACUACAAAUUUAUUACAACGCAUCCGACAACAAAACCUGGGAAGGUUUAGUGACAACUCUUCAGACUUUUCUGACAGCAUAUACACCUGCUGCUCAGCACCUGAACAUCAACUGCACCAGUGACACAUACUUCUUCCAAGACACCUUCGACGGCCCGAAUAAAACAAAACUAUCCUGCAAAUUUACCUCAGAUAUGCUUCAAAACUGCUCCGGCGCCACAGAUCCAACUUUUGGAUUUCCAGAAGGAAAACCCUGUUUUAUUAUAAAAAUGAACAGGAUUAUCAAGUUUUUGCCUGGCAAUGGCACUGCACCAAGGGUGAACUGCACAUAUGUGGGUGAUGAGUCUCACCCGUUGGAGGUGGACUACUACCCCGUGAACGGUACCUUCAACCUGCACUACUUCCCCUACUAUGGAAAAAAGGCACAGCCCAGUUACAGCAAUCCUUUGGUAGCUGUGAAAUUUCUCAACAUUAUCAGGAAUGUAGAACUUAAAAUAGUGUGCAAAAUCAUUGGAGCUGGAAUUACCUUUGAUAACGUUCAUGAUCCAUACGAAGGAAAAGUGGAAUUUAAAUUGAAAAUUGAAGACUGAGCAGCUACAGAGACACUUCUGAAAAACACAUGA